AUGGCUGCCAGCGUCUGGUACUUCGGCUAUGGAUCAAACAUGAAAUCGUCUGUCAUGAUCAACCGUGGUAUCAUCCCUCUUUCUAUCAAGGUCGGCGUGGUACCAACGCACAUCCUCACCUUUGACAUAUUCGGCAUUCCUUAUACGGAGCCUUCGUUUGCCAGUAUUGCCCUGCUGCCUUCAUCAUCAGAAAGAUCGUCCAUACCGCCAGUCCACGGAGUCUUGUAUCAGCUCCGGCGAGAGGACUAUCUCCAACUAGUCCGGUCGGAAGGUUCUGGAGUUGGUUACGAUGAAAUCAGCGUCGAAGCAUACAUCCUGGAGGUACAGUCCGAUGGAGUGAGUCGUACAACCCAAAAACCUGUUAUGGCACAGACUUUGAAAGCAAAAUAUCCAUGGAGGCCAAAUAGAGGACCAAGUGAACGGUAUAUGUGCGAGUUUGGAAGUGGAUCGGCUCCAUUUCAUUGCUGA